GUAGUUUUUAUUUUUGGGCCGGCCGCCGCCCUUGGCGAUGAUUGUUUGAUUGAAGGGUUGAGGUGGAGGACUAAGGCUAAGGUGAGAAUUGGUGAUGGAAUUGAGGUUGUAGGGGCAAAGAGGGCGGUGAAAGUAAGGAACGUGGACAUGGAAGGAGAUGUUGAAAGCGAUGAUGGUUUGAUUAAGGAGUUGAGGUCAAGGAAUAAGAGUAAGGCGAGGAAUGUAGGUGAAGGGGAGGAAGAGACAAUGACAUUAGCUGAGAUGCAAAUGUUAGUAAAAAAGAAGAGGGAAGAAAAGGCGGAGAUUGAUAAGUCAGUGAAGUUUAAUUUAACAGAAAAGGUAAUCGAGGAAAGAAAGGAGACGGAUUUCAGUUUGAUAGACGAGGAAGAUGAAGUGGAGAUGGAGAGGCUUAUUGCGAGAGUGAGAGAGAAGAGGGUGAGGCGUGAACCGAUAAAGGGGGGUGGUCUGGAGGAUGGAGGAAGAAGAAGGGUUUCAAGUAGGAAGAAGGGUAAAGGGUCUAGGCAGGAUGAUUUGGAGAUAGUGGCGGAGAAUGAAAAGGAGGAGAAUGAGAAGGCGAUGAAGUUCAAUUUAACGGAAAAGGGAAGUGAGAAAAGAAAGGAGACUGAUUUGAGUUUGAUAGAGGAGGAAGAUGAAGUGGAGAUGGAGAAUCUUAUUGCGAGGGUGAGAGAGAAGAGGGUGAGGCGUGAACCGAUAAAGGGGGGUGGUCUGGAGGAUGGACGAAGAAGAAGGGUUUCAAGUAGGAAGAAGGGUAAAGGGUCUAGGCAGGAAGAAAAUGAGGAGAAUAAGGGGAUGAAGUUUAAUUUAGCGGAAAUGGAAAGUGAGAAAAGGAAGGAGACUGAUUUGAGUUUGAUAGAGAAGGAAGAUGAAAUGGAGAUGGAGACACCAAUUGCGAGGGUGAGAGAGAAGAGGGUGAGGCAUGAUUUGUUAAAAGGGGAUGGUUCGGAGGAUGGAGGAAGAAGAAGGGUUUCAAGUAGGAAGAAGGGUAAAGGGUCUAGGCAGGAUGAUUUGGAGACAAUGGCAGUGGAAACUUUUGAUCUUCAUAAUUUUGACAAGGACAGAGUAGAGAGGAGUUUCAAGAAAGGACAAGUAUGGGCUGUUUAUGACGACGAUGGAAUGCCAAGGGAUUAUGCUUUGAUUGAUGAUGUUAUUUCUGUGCAUCCCUUUGAGGUGAAAUUGAGUAGGUUGGAGUUCCAAAGUAAUAGUGAUGAGGCACUGCUACAUUGGGGGAAAAUGGGUUUUCAUAUUUCUUGUGGGAAGUUUAAGGUGUCUAGGCAUGCUUUGGUUAAAUCUUUGAAGAAGUUUUCACAUGUUGUUGAUUGUGAAAGAGCAGCAAGAGAGUUGUAUAGGAUUUACCCCUCGAAAGGUUCAAUAUGGGCAUUGUAUAAAGAGAAUGCUUUAGGUGCUGGCCGCAAGACUCUAAUGGUUGAGGAUAAGCAAUCUUAUGAUAUUGUUGUAUCUUUGACUAGUUACACCGACUUACAUGGCGUGAGUAUUGCAUAUCUUGAAAAAGUUGAUGGGUUUAGGACUAUUUUCAAGAGGAGAGAGAUUGGGGCUCAUGCUGUUAAGUUGUUAGGGAAGGAUGAGCUUGGGUUGUUUUCGCAUCGGAUUCCUGCAAGGAAGCUAUCCGAUGAAGAAGCCUCAAACAUCUCCAAGAACUGUUGGGAAGUGGAUCCUGCUUCAUUGCCUCACGAGCUCCUAGCUAUUUGGGGGAGUUAAAGUGUAUGCAUAUCAGAUCGAAAUGGACUUCUUGCACUGAGCUAUUACCUCUUGAGUGUCCAUUUUAGGUAAAAAUGGCAUGGAUUGAGCAUGAUGUUCUUCUAAAACAGUCUGUUUUUAGAAAGUACUCUGCUCACAUAUCAAAUUGUAUCUGGUUCCUUGCCAUCCUUGUAAACAGACCAAUGCUGGUAUUACACUUCCACAUUUGCUCCAAUCUCCAUGCCUGUUGAUAAAAUACAUCUUAGUUAUCCCCGGAAAUAAAUAUGAUUUAGUAAAAACGUUCACAAAAUUGAAAUACUGAUGAAAAUAUGGAGCCAUCUUGCUUCUCAUCACCUUUUCUACACUUUUCCUACUACAGAUAUUUAUUUUGCUCUUCAUUAUUCAUGAUAUAACAAUCAUCGGCUUUAUCCUCUACUACUGUCACAUAGGAACAACAUUUAGCCUGAACCACGCACAUGAAAAUUAUAUAAGAAAUGUUCUAUUUGCUGAAAAACAUUUUUUAGUGGAACAUACUUUUGAUGACCAUUGCUGAUGGAAUAUAUUCCUUGUCGAAAAUUUUGUUGAUACUCAAGAAACCCUUUGUCACCUUCAUGCUUACCCCUAUUGCUGUUAAUUGUAGUUGGCCUAGAUGUAUGAGUAAAGUUGGUCAAAGUAGUCCGAGAAGCAUAAGAUACAACACCUAGAAAAAAGCACCUAUGUCUCCAGUCAAGCAGUGGGAGCAAGUGGUGGAUCCGAGGACAGUUUCCUGAGAGACUUCAUUUGUCGCCCUUCAGAUUUUGGAGACUUUCACUUCUUCUCCUUGAAUGUUAAUUGUUCUUAUAGUAGCUUCUUUGCCUUUGAUGGUGGAAAUUGGGUCUUUUAGACGAGCAUAUGUAACAUUUAGUACUUGUAUCUGCAGAUUUUGUUACUCUCUUAGCAGAGUCUUCAGGAGCAAGAGACCUUAAUGGUCCUGUAAAUUUGGAGUAACAUUUACCUGGUCUGUAAAUCUGAUACAUACAUAAAUGGUCCUCUAUGUUGCAGAACCGAGGUUCACUUUUAGUCAACCCUUGAUAGAAAUGUUAUACAACAGUGUGACCGCAUGCUGAAUUUAAUACUGAAAUGAACAAGGCUUUCAUCUUCCAGAUCAGACGAUCAUCAAAAUGACAAGGCCUUGCAUAAUUUCUCUGGAUUUUCUCCUUUUGUAGGUCUAUCUCUCUUAUGUUUUCACAUUUACUCAAGAAAUAGACCAUUUGAUCAUCUCUUCAUCAGUAUUGGAUUAAACAAGAUAGCGAGCUUCUCAAUAAGAACGGCAGACUCAGGAUUCAUAUCAGUACAACUCGAAACAUCCCAAGCCCGGUGUCUACCACAGGCCCAGCUGUGUAAAAUGUCAUCAACUGUACUCAGUUUCAUCCUCUACGAUGAAUGUCAAAUUGAGAAUCAACCAUGUAAAACCAAGGCUUUCUAUAUGAGAUUGCGCGGCAAGGUGGAAAGUGGGGAAGUUGCUGUAGAUUUCCACCUCUUGCAUUAUUGACCUGUGGUUGAGAGAACUGUAACUUUCUCGUUGGAUUCAUUUCUGAUCCCAUCACCAUAAAUGUAAACUCCAACAGAAAUUGCUGCAGUUCAUAAACUACAGUUAGGCAACAGAGGCAACAUGUUAGGAUUAACUUCUUUUAGGGACUAUUGAAAUCUUUUUUUCUUUCCUAGUUUUAUGUACAAAACUAUGUUUUCGUCUAAGUAGCAUAGUUUAUAAGUAGGAGAAUUUUGGAGGUACACA